CCCACCCGUACAGUUGCGUUCACCACAUUGGUUGCUGAGGCGUCACCCAGCCGUUCGUCAGUACUCUCCGGGUCCCACCUCGGGUUCAUCCUCUCCGCCCCCAAAAUCCAUUGGUUCGUCAAUGCUUCCUCCAACCGCAGUACCACAAUUUGGACUCCACUACCUCCGCCCGCAGCGAACGGAACUCCCGAAAUCUUGCUUUUGGUAACAGAGGACAUACAUCCGUCCUCGCCGCCAUCGCCUCUCCCCGAGUAGCACCCGACCCAACUCGAUAUACCGUCCGUCAGAUCUCCGUCGGGUGUUUGCCUCCUUAAAUAUUGUCUCAGGAAUCGGCUUCUCGACAUUGGUGCCGGGAAUUCUCUCCUCGCGAUCCGAGCCGCCGCCUUCAGUGUAGGACGGCGAUGGAUCGGAUGCGCGCUGGAAGCCCCGCGUACUCGAGGCAAGGGAGCGGUGGAUCGAGCGGAUCGGGAUCUUCGUCGCCGGGGAUGUCGCCGGGGCACCACCGCUCGGCUUCCGCCUCCGGCAUCUCUGGCAUCAGGCGGACUCAGAACCUCGCCGCCAAGGCAGCCAACGCCCGCCUCGCUCAGGUCAUGGCGUCGCAGGCCGCCGCUGAGGAGGAGGACGACGAUCUCCUCCCCGCCAGAGCCGGGGCCGGCUUCGUUGGCGGGGUCCGAUUCGGCCUGCCGAGGCCGGUGCCCAGCAGCAACGGCGGCGGUGGUGCUUCGUUGUUUGGGAGAUCGGCUAGGUCACCCUCGCCUGCGUUAGGUAGGAACAUCAUGGAAACCGCUUCGACAAAUCGCUCUACAUCAGCUGGAAGGUCAACAUUAUCAGUUCGUACAACACCAGUGGUGCCCCAAACCAAAACAACAAUAAGGACUCCAUCUCCUGUUCCAGCCAUAGAGCCUCCUGUUGAUAGACGAAGAGAUAAGAGAUUUUUUCCAGACAUGGGGCAUCUAAACUCUAGGGAGCCAGGUGAUUUGCGUGAGGCUUCUGCACUUCAGGAUCAGCUUGAUAUGCUCGAAGAAGAGAAUUACAACCUGCUUGAAAAGCUGCAACUUGCUGAAGAGAGAUGCAAGGAAGCAGAGGCUAGGUCUAGGGAGCUUGAAAAGCAGGUUGCCAAUCUUGGUGAAGGGGUUUCGUUAGAAGCCCGUCAUCUGAGCAGGAAGGAGGCAGCACUACGCCAAAGAGAGGAAGCUAUGAAGGCUGCAAUGAGAACAAAGGAUGACAAAGAUGAGGAGCUAACAGCUCUUCGACAAGAAGUGCAGUCUGCAAAAGAUGAGACUGCAAACACAGUGGAUCAACUCCAGGAUGCUGAAUUGGAAGUAAAAGCUUUAAGGUCCAUGACACAUAGAAUGAUAUUGACCCAAGAAGAGAUGGAAGAGGUCGUUCUAAAGAGGUGUUGGCUUGCUCGAUACUGGGCUUUAGCUGUUCAUCAUGGCAUCUAUCCAGAAAUUGCAGCAGCAAAACAUGAGUACUGGUCAUCAUUUGCUCCUCUCCCACUUGAAGUUGUCAGUUCUGCUGGACAAAAAACAAAGGAUGAUUCUUGGAGCACUGGUUAUGAUGACACUGAUAGGAGAAAUCAACUUGAUCGUGAUAUAAGUGAUAUAACUGCAGAAGGAAACAUAGAAAACAUGCUUGCAGUCGAGAAAGGUCUGAGGGAACUAGCUUCACUAAAGGUCGAGGAUGCUAUCAUGCUUGUGCUGGCUCAACAUCGACGUCCUAAUUUAAUUCGACAAUCAGCCUCAGACUUAAGGUCACCUGGUGAUCCGAAAUGGGAUGAAUUUGAGCUAAGCCAGGAGGAGGCAGAGGAUGUCUUGUUUAAGCAGUCAUGGCUUACAUACUUUUGGAGAAGAGCAAAAACCCAUGGUAUAGAGGAAGAUAUAGCUGAAGAGCACCUUCGUUUUUGGAUAGGGCGCAUGGGCCAACCACCAACUUCACAUGAUGUAGUUGACGUGGAGCGGGGACUGAUAGAGCUGAGGAAACUGGGCAUCGAGCAGCAAUUGUGGGAAGCUUGUCGUAUGGAAUUUGAUGCCAAUCAAAAGCCAGAAGCUGAUGCAGAAAACUCAUAGCUUGCAUAGCACUGCUACGGUUUUAUUCAUUUGUUUACAUAUAUACAUGUUUCUCGUUGUCUCAGUUUGCCAAAAUCUACAGCAUCCAAUUUUUUGAAUUUAGUGCUUCAAAGUGAGUCAUUUUGAGAGACUUGUUUGCAUGUACAUAAAAUGCAGUUACUGAGUGCAUUCUCCUUACAAUAUAUCUUCCGAAAUAAUAUGAUGAAUUACAAGUAAUUCUUUUA